UUAUAACGUGGCGGCUGUUCUAGUAAAUGAAGUUACACCCUAAAAGAAAUACCGGCAAAUCGGAAAACUUAUUAUUUUCUCAUUUCCGGUUUCUCAUGGGGGUACGUGGCCUGUGAGAGCAGAAUACACACUGACAAGAUAUUCCAAAACAAUGGCGCAAAGAAAUGAACUUAUUGAUAGAGCGGAGGAUGUGGCUGAUCAGGUUCUCCGUAAAAGUAAGCAUGUGCUGCCACACGUAGCCAGGUUUUGCCUCAUCAGCACGUUUUUAGAAGACGGGCUGAGAAUGUGGAACCAGUGGGGAGAACAGAGGGAUUACAUGAACCACACCUGGGGGUGCGGCUACAUCCUAGCCACCUUGUUUGUAAUCGUCAAUCUGGUGGGUCAGUUAGGAGGCUGUAUAAUGGUACUGAGCAGAUUUAAAGUUACAAUAGCAUGUGGUGUUCUUGUUGGAAUCAUAGUUUUACAGACAAUUGCUUACAGCAUUUUAUGGGAUGUGAAGUUUCUUUUAAGGAACUUGGCAUUAGCUGGUGGUGUAUUGCUGCUUUUGGCUGAAGACCGUGCAGAGGGAAAGAGCUUAUUUGCUGGACUUCCCUCCCUUGGCGAGAAUAACCCCAAACAGUACAUGCAGUUGAGCGGCCGAAUUCUUCUUGUAUUGAUGUUUCUGACCCUGCUAAGAUUUGAAAUGGACUUCUUCCAUAUUAUUCAGAAUUUGGUGGGCACUGCACUUAUCAUUCUCAUAGCUGUGGGAUACAAGACCAAGUUAUCAGCAUUAGUUCUUGUUAUCUGGUUAACCCUUCUCAAUGUUUACUUCAAUGCCUUCUGGAAUAUCCCAGCGUACAAACCGAUGAGAGAUUUCCUCAAGUAUGACUUUUUCCAGACCUUGUCUGUCGUCGGUGGACUCUUGCUUGUAGUAGCUUAUGGACCAGGUGGUGUUAGUAUGGAUGAACACAAAAAGAAAUGGUAGUCUCAGUUUGUUAUAGCUUAGGUUUAUAUUAACUUUGACGGAGAAAAGGCACUACAGCAAAGUGUUAAGUAUGCAUGUAAAAAUAAUUGAAGGAAGAAAAAGCUAGAAAAGUACAUGUAUUUCAACUGCAUUGUACACCCAUUGUUUAUGAUAUGUUAUUUAUGUGUUUUAGUUUUGUUGAAAGCUGUAUUGAUGCAGGUCAGAUAUAAAUUUUUGUGUCUUGUGAACACUGAUAAAUAAAUUUUAUGAUCAUUCAAAACAAAGGAGUAUUUGUUUAUAUACAUGUAUAUAUUUUGAUGUGCAUGUAUUUGAUCAUAUUAUCUGUUAUCUUUAUAUAUUACCAUUAGUACUCUAUCUCAAAGAUUUUAUCCUGAAAUUGAAAUAUUUUUCACCAGUUAAUUAUAUUUUUUUCUAAAUACUGUUACAAAUAUAUAUGUUUAUAAAUCUUAUUUCACUAGUCAUUGCAACUGAAAAAUUAGGUCAUGUUGUUGACAUUGUCCAACGUUUAAUCACAGGUUGUAAUUUAUUAAAGUUGCUGAUUGCCAAAGGUAAAUUAUUAGAUUGUACAGUGUAUAUGUCUCUGAAAUAAUAUAUGGUGCUUAAUCUUAGAAAUUCAAAAAAAAAAACAUUAAGUUUGCUCAAUUUCUCACAAAUCACAUCAAAGAUUAUUGAAACUUGGUAUGUAUACUUGUAGAGACAUUGUUCAUAAAUUCGAAAUUAUGCCCCUCUGUUAUACUGAUGUAUACAUUGAAAAUGGACUUUUUGUGAUUUCUGCUGAUAAUUAAUUUAUACAUUGUAAAUUAUUUAUUAGCCCAUCAUAGAUUUUUUUCAGAUCCUUAUUGAUAUGUGUUUACAGUAUUGAAAAGCAACAAUUUACCACCAUGUUUAUAAGUAGAAAUGUUUGAGCUCUGUUCAUUGACAUGCCUCCUGUGUUUGACAGUGGGAUACAUGAAAUACACUUUAGACUAUAUACCAGUAUCAAUAGAUUUGUGAAAAAUUCACAGAACUUUUGAUUGAGAAUAAUACCUCAAGGGAAAAAUUUUUCUUAAUUGAGCUUAAAUGCAUGUGUGGUAUAUGUGUGCUAUAUACACUACAUAUAAUAUUAUAUCUGUGCCAGAUUAGUUAUUUUCUGCAUGACCCUCCUUAGUUGUGCUUCAUUGUGUUAGAUUCCAGUAAAUGUGAAUAGAAAAGUAUGCCAGUGUAAAAGUCAUCCAUGUUGUUUUUGCAUGAUUGUCAUUACUGCCACAGAAAAAUACCAAUAAAUACUAUGUUUUA